GUGUGUGACGUCAGAGCUGUAGUGACACUGGCAUGCUUGUGGAGGCCGGCGGUGCCGGGACUGUGCGCGAUGUUGCAGACCAUCUACGAGACGGAGUCCUGCUUCUCCUCCUCCGACAGUGUCGUCUCCUCUGGCAGGGGGGACCACCAGCAGCCUCUGGAGAUCCUUGCCCAGUCCCGAUCAGCCAUCAUGCCUAGUACCGCGGUGGAAAUGAAGACCUCGUUGCCGGGGGGACUGCGUAGCCCCGUGCGAGACUCGGGCGGCCCCGGCCCCGCCAUUAGCCCCGCUAGCAUUAGCCUUAGCCUCAGCAGCGUUAUCCCCGGCGGCGGCGAACGGGGCGGCGAGCUCAACCUCACCGCGCGCCUCAACGCCUCCAACAGCAGCGCGAGCAACAACAACAACUCCCCCUCCCCCAACAACGCCUCCUCAAACAACACCACCUCCCUCUCCAACAACACCACGUCCUCCAGCUCCACCUCCUCCUCCUCCUCCACCUCGGCCCCCGGCGUCGCGGUGGACCUGCGGACGGACGCGCGGGCGGAGGUGCGGCUAAGCGCGCUAGGCGGCAUGGACCCGGCGCUAACGGAGCAGCAGCUGCAGCAUGAGCUGCUCCUCCUCAAGCAGCAGCAGGAGCUGCAGAAGCAGCUGCUCUUCGCAGAGUUCCAGAAGCAACAUGAGCAUCUCACACGCCAACACGAGGUCCAGCUACAGGAGCACCUCAAGCAGCAGCAGGAGAUCCUGGCUGCGAAGCGUCAGGCGGAGCUGGAGCAGAAGAGGAAGUUGGAGCAGCAGCGACACGAGGAGCUGGAGAAGCAGCGGCUAGAGCAGCAGCUCAUCAUGCUGCGCAACAAGGACAAGGGCAAACAGAGUGCCAUUGCCAGUACGGAGGUGAAACUGAAGCUGCAAGAGUUUCUGCUGAGUAAAAAAGAUCCCACUCCUGGAUCACUCAACCAUUCCUUCACACAGAAGUGGGGUCAGCAUACCUCCCUGGACCAGAGCUCCCCGCCCCAGACGAACACUCCCCCCUCCUACAAGCUGCCGUCCCUCCUGGGGGGCUACGAGGGCAAGGACGACUUCCCUCUACGCAAGACUGCCUCUGAGCCCAAUCUAAAGGUGCGUUCUCGGUUAAAGCAGAAGGUGGCUGAGCGCCGCAGCAGCCCUCUCCUCCGCAGGAAAGAUGGCACAGUCAUCAGCACCUUCAAGAAGAGAGCCAUCGAGAUAUCAGUGUCGUCCAUGUGCAACAGUGCUCCAGGCUCGGGCCCCAGCUCCCCCAACAGCUCCAACACGGCCAUCGCUGAGAACGGCUCCAGCGGCUCCGUGCCCAACAUACACGCUGAGCAGCUGCGGUCUCUGCAUCAGUCUCUGAAUGCGGACGGCACGGUGAGCCCCCUGACGCUCUACACCUCCCCCUCGCUGCCCAACAUCUCCCUGGGCCUCCCCGCCAACUCGCACAUCACGAAGCUGCAGGAGGCUGAGCGGCAGGCUCUGGCGUCCCUGCGUCAGGGCGGGGCUCUGACGGGCAAGUUUGUGAGCACCACCUCCCUGCCCGCCUGCCUGCCGGCUCCAGGACCCCACGACACCGAGCCGCCCCAGACCAACUCGCACACACACUCCUCCCUACUGCAGCACGUCCUGCUCCUGGAACAGGCCAGGCAACAGAGCGCACUGCUCGCAGUGCCCAUGUACGGCCAGUCUCCGCUGGUGACGGGCGAGCGUGUGUCCAAUAACAUGCGCACGGUGAACAAGCUGCCUCGGCACCGCCCCCUGAGCCGCACCCAAUCGGCGCCGCUCCCCCAGAGCCCCCAGGCCCUGCAGCAGCUCGUCAUGCAGCAGCAGCACCAGCACUUCCUGGAGAAGCAGAAGCAGUACCAGCUCAACAAGAUCCUGUCCAAAGGGGCGGACCUCCCGCGGCAGCCUCCCACGCACCCUGAGGAGACGGAGGAGGAGCUGACAGAGACGGCCGAGAUGUCUGAGGAGGCGGAGCGCCGGGCCGAGGAGGAGGAGGGGCUGGACCUGGGCUUGCCACGGGAGCCGCGGCUAGAGAAGGAGGGCUCGGGCGAGACGUCACCGCCGUCGGAGCGCGUUCUGCCGCUGAAGGGCGAGAGCACCGAGAGCGACCUGGAGGAGGAGGACGAGGAGGACGAGGCCAUCGAGCUCAAGGAGGGCGACGACGACGGCCCCUACGGACAGUACUCCGAUCCACACCACAUCCAGCAGCUGAACGUGUUCCAGGCCUCGCUGUCCAUCACCGGCAUGCCACACAGACCUCUGGGAAGGGCGCAGUCCUCCCCGGCCUCCGCCAGCCUCAAGGGGGCGCCCCUGGUCGACGUUCCCAUCAAGCACCUCUUCACCACAGGUCUGGUGUACGACACGUUGAUGCUGAAGCACCAGUGCAUGUGUGGCAACACUCACAUCCACCCGGAGCACGCGGGGCGCAUCCAGAGCGUCUGGUCUCGCCUGCAGGAGACGGGGCUGCUGGGACGCUGCGAGAGGAUCCGGGGCAGGAAAGCCACACUAGACGAGAUCCAGACGGUACAUUCGGAGUACCACACGCUCCUCUACGGAACCAGCCCUCUCAACAGGCAGAAGCUGGACAGCAAGAAGCUGCUCGGGCCAAUGAGUCAAAAGAUGUAUGCCAUGCUGCCUUGCGGAGGCAUCGGGGUUGACAGCGAUACGGUCUGGAAUGAGAUGCACUCCUCGGGGGCCGUGCGCAUGGCUGUGGGCUGUGUCAUUGAGCUGGCUUUCAAGGUCGCCGCUGGAGAGCUCAAGAACGGCUUCGCAGUGGUCCGGCCACCAGGACAUCACGCAGAAGAGUCCACAGCCAUGGGGUUUUGCUUCUUCAACUCGGUGGCCAUUACUGCCAAGCUCCUGCAGCAGAAGUUGGGGGUGGGGAAGAUUCUCAUCGUGGACUGGGAUAUCCACCAUGGCAAUGGGAGUCAACAGGCUUUCUAUAACGACCCCAACGUGCUCUACAUCUCCCUCCAUCGCUAUGACGACGGAAACUUCUUCCCCGGCAGCGGAGCUCCCGAAGAGGUGGGCGUAGGGCCAGGUGUGGGCUUCAACGUGAACAUUGCCUGGACGGGUGGAGUGGAGCCCCCUAUGGGUGAUGUGGAGUACCUGACGGCCUUCAGGACGGUGGUGAUGCCGAUAGCCAAUGAGUUCUCUCCGGACGUGGUGCUGGUGUCGGCGGGCUUUGAUGCAGUGGAGGGCCACCAGUCUCCCCUGGGGGGCUACAAUGUCACCGCCAAAUGUUUCGGGCACCUGACUAAACAGCUGAUGAGGCUGGCGGGGGCGCGGGUGGUGUUGGCGCUGGAGGGGGGGCAUGACCUCACCGCCAUCUGCGACGCAUCAGAGGCCUGUGUGGCAGCACUACUGGGAGAUGAGCUGGACCCUCUGCCAGAGUCGGUGCUGCAGGAGAAGCCGUGUCCGAAAGCGGCCGCCUCGCUAGAGAGAGUCAUCGAGAUCCAGAGUAAACACUGGGCUUCGCUACAGCGGUUGGCUCCUACGGUGGGCCAGUGUCUGCUGGACGCCCAGAGGAGGGAGAAGGACGAGGCGGACACCGUCACGGCCAUGGCCUCGCUCACAGUGGACACGGAGCAGGCCGCCGCCACCGAGAUCAGGUCGGUGGAGGAGCCGAUGGAGGAGGAGCCGGUGCUGUAGGGCAGCGUGACCUGUCGCGACCUGCGGCGUCUCCCUUAACUACAGCAGCCCCCGUCCAUAUGAACACACAAACCCCCGCCGCACCGAGCAGCAGUGACCUUCGGGACACACCCUCUCCUCUCCUCUCCUCUCCUCUCUCCACACUCACCCCACCUCCCCUACUCCUCCAUCGGAACCCUACACACACACACACCAACUCACCUGUGCCUGCCUCACCUGUGACGCAACCACACAUACACACACACACACUCUCACAGGUGUCCUCAGGUCAGUGUACUGCGAUGAGUGGCUAUGUGUGAUUUGCACACGUGUGUGUUGGGGGAGAAUGAUGAACAGGAGAGAGAGGCAUCAAAUGCCUUCUCUCUCUCUCUCUCUCUCUCUCUCUCUCUCUGUGUAUCUCUCUCCGUCUCAAGGAGCCAGGGGAGGAUUUGAUUGAUUGACAGGUGGAUGAGCAGGAAGAGGCGGGACAUUCUGCCGAAGCCUUUUGUUUAUAUGACACUUGUUGUUAAUACGAUGUAUUUCUUUUUUGGAGCAAACUAAAGCACCAACAACAACAGAGGAGAAAAAAAAGAGACAAUGGCACUGGCGGAGUUGGUCGCCACAUUGACGGAAGCGACUGUGUACAUUUCCUGUGCUACUUUUUUCGAGGACGGAAAAAAGAACAGCGGUCUUCAGGACAUUUUUUUCAAAAUGGAAAAAGCCAAUAAGCAGCACAACUAUUUUACCAACAUAUAUACUCAAUAGUACACACACACACACACAUAUAAAGAGAAACACAUAUGUUAUAACCACCGCACACUGAUCCCAAAUGUGUUCUCUCUCUAAAGAAUAACACAAGACUUUUGAUGACAACUUUUUGGGGCUCUCUGUCACAAACAUGCAUACCUCUUUCCUCUACUCGACGUCUGUUGAUUGGAAUACAUGUUUGUCUGUACAAUAACAAUUUGUUCAAAGAAGCACACAAUCAAUCGUAUAUAACGGAUACGGUGUAUGUAUAGGCUUAUGUGGAUUCUGUACGUGUUGUACGUCCUGUAAACACGAGCUUCGUAUAUAUGAAUACUGUACAAUAUCUUCUUCAUGUGUGAUAACUGCUGUGUUUUGGGCUCAGGUGGCUGAUGGCCACCCGCGGACCCCUCCUCCGCCAUUUUGAUUUUUUAAGGCUGCUGUGCUGCCCUCGUGUUCACAGCGGCCAUAACCCAAUUGAAAAAAACAAAAACAACAACAACAACAUCAAAAGUAACUUUUAUUUUGUUCACACACUUUUGACAGCUCUUCAUACACACACACGCGUACCCACACACACACACUGGCACACAACCCACAGGUACGGGCAGUCCCGUGGGAGUGGGAGUGGCUUCUGAUCGUUGAGACUUUUUGUUUCCUGGCCUGGCCCUGAUACUGACUGACUGACCAGCAAUGGCAACUCGGCGCGCAAAAAAAGAGAGAUGUGCUUUGACAAAGAACGUGGUGCCUUUUCUGAGAAGUAGUAGUUUAAAGUAAAGAUGGCGAUAAUAAUGAUAAUAAUAAAGGAAUUCCACCAACAAUGAAAUGGAGAAAGGACAUUCUGCAUGCUUUACUCAACUCCCCAUCCUGCCCAUCCUUUAUCUGUUACUAGCCAGUCUCUUCGGUUGAAUUGCCUUAAUUUUAUUUUCCUUUUUAUUUUAAGAGCCCUUAAGCCAUACAGGCACUGAGCUCAGCAUGGGUAUCCCUGUCUCCCUCUCUGUCUCUUUUUCUGCUUUCUCUCUCUCUCUCUCUCUCUCUCUCUCUCUCUCUGUCUCUCUCUCUCUCUCUGCUCCGAGUGCAGCUCCUGGUCUAAGGGCUAUGGUCAUAUGGCCUGUUGCCUGAUGUUGUUUUAUUUCUGGCUCAUAGAUUGGUCCACUGCUUGUGGGCAGACAGUGGGCCUCACACACACACACACUAAGAAUAUCCUGAUAAUGCGACCAAGCUGUUUGUGAAUUCACUUCCUCUUGUCGCCUGUAGAUACCGCCAGCGUUUCCUUUUCGCUCGCCCAGUCCGGUCUUCUUUUUGGACAGACCGAGUUGAGGAUGAUGAUGAGCUACUUUUUUCCAUUGAUGAAAGGAAAACAAAUGUACAUGGUCACUUUUUUAUUAUGGACAUCUUUUUUGUAUAAAAUAAAAAACCGUGUAUAGAAAAUAAGAUUUAAACAGUCAGAUAUCAGUGUUGACCCAGGUCUUGGGUUUGACUGCUUCUCUGAAUCUGAAAAGAGGCGUAAUGUUUUGGGAGAUCAUAAGCACAGUGUAUUAUUUUUUGUGUUUUUGUUUUUUUAUUGAUGUAUGGAGUGCAGGAGUGCACAAUAGCCCCUUUUGUGCAGCAAAGCUCUAUCCUUUGUUGGGAAACACACGCACAGACACAAAAAGCAGGAUUUUGACUGACAAUUUAUUUUAGGCAAUAAGGUGUAGCACCACUUUACAAAUACACACAGACACACACAUACAACAUACACACACCCCUUUACACUUAGCCCAACAAAACUACAAGGUCCUUAGAGACCUCUGUGUCAUUUCUGUAAACUCCUCCCCAGUGUAUUUGGUCAUUGGUUUGGUCACCUGUCAAUCAAGGCUACUGUCCAGUCAGUUUUGGCAGUUUAUGCUUCUCUGAUCAGUGCUCAAGGUCACAAAUGAAUCUUAGCGAGCUGAGCAGAUAUUAUUGUUAACAGUUUAUCCACAAAUGAAUAUUGGUUGUUCAGAAGUUUAAAAAAAAAAAUCAAGAAAUGAAAUUGACGUGAAAGUGAAAACCAGGGUGGAUGUGGUGCAUUGUCUCGUUGUAUUUUUGAAUACAUUGCUGUUUGUCCACACAGUGUUGUUGUUUUUUUUUUAAAUUGUGGACCUGUGUGCAUUCUUAAUUCGUGUUCAAUUUCUGACACACAUUUCUUGACUCAUCACCCUUCUUUUUUACUUAUUUAUUUGGAGUCAGAAAUGAUCGCUGAGGAAAUUUGUGUGUACUGUUUCCCCCCACCUUUUUUUUUU